ACUUUCUGUCUUUUAUGAUAGGGAAAAAUUGCAAAUAUAUUCGCAUGCACCCCGUCGAAAGUUUCCAUACGUACAUUAUCUAACCACUUGAUACGACGAUUCAAUUGUAAAUUGUAGAAGACAUCAGCUGGAUUAAUGAAAAUUUUUCACAGAAUCGGAAAACUUGAUCAAUAUGAGAAUAUUGAAUCAGGGAAACUUUCAUGGAAACCACAUGCGGCUUUCAUUUUCUACUUUUCUCGUAACUACAAAUUAUACAAGUUCACUUUUUUGCGACAAGCAGAAACAAUAGAAUAUCGUAAAACACCGCAGAAACACAAAUGUAACUUUAUUUUUUCCACUGUUGUUGUCAGAAUAGCCAAGUCGAAACUGCAAACUCACCACGUCGGAAACAAUAAGAUUAUUGUUACAUGUUAUUGACCUCUAAGCAAAUCGAAGUAUUCUGCGUAAUCGAAACUAUUGCUGGCGGUCAACGUCCAAUCCGUGCAAUCCGAUCAGUCGCCAUUCAGUUUGCAUAGAGAUUUCACAUAAGAUCGACAAAGGAUGCUGCCGAACGAGCAGUACAAAGAAGACAUGAUUUACGUUACAAAAUUGACACGACACGUUCUAAGUCUACUUGGCGUCUGGCCGUCUUACAACAGAAGAUCUGUCGGCGAAAAAGCCUGGAAGUACUUCUUGAUCUCGAUCUCGUACAUGCUUAUUUACUUCGUCCUAAUUCCCGGUAUUUCCUUCUCGUUGAUUGAAAAGACAAAAGUCACGGUUCGAACGAUCCCUUUACUUUUCUACGGUUUCAUGGCCAGCGGUAAAUACAGUAACCUGGUAUUCCGCGAGAAGAACAUCAGACGCUGCUUGAAACAUAUCGAAGAAGAUUAUAGAAUCAUAACUAGCACAGAGGCACGAGACACGAUGAUCGAAUCUGCAAAGAUCGGAAGACGGCUGGUCACACUUUGUGCGAUCUUUAUGUACGGCACCGGACUCUUCGCUCGUUCAAUCCUGCCAUUUGCCAAAGGAAAAAUCGUGACUGCGCAAAACAUCACAAUCAAACCUCUACCUUGCCCGGCUUACUUUAUUGUUUUCGAUGCACAAGUCAGCCCCGUUUACGAACUGACUUUUACAUUACAAGUAGUAUCCGGGAUAAUCACUUAUUCGAUAACAACAGGUUUAUGUGGUCUCGCAGCCGUCUUCGUGAUGCACGCCUGCGGCCAGCUGAAGAUUCUGGUGGAUAUGAUGAAAAAUCUCGUUGAAGAGCAAUGGGAAGAGAAACAGGAAGUAGACAGGAAACUGGCGAGAAUGGUCGAACAUCAAAUAAGAAUUCGAAGUUUUUUGCACUUGGUAGAAAAUACUCUUCAACAAGCGUGUCUAAUAGAAUUGAUGGGUUGUACGGCAAUACUAUGUCUUAUAGGAUAUUUUAUAAUAAUGGAAUGGGAGAGUAAUACCAAUUCGAUAGCUGUAUGUACCUACUUCAUAACAAUGACAUCCCUGAUGAUAAACAUGUUCCUGUUUUGUUAUACUGGUGAACAGCUUACCGUUCAGGCGGAGAGAGUAGCUAGAACAUCUUGCGAGCUUGAGUGGUAUCGUCUUCCGGAUAAGAAAGCACGUGCAAUCGUGCUGGUGAUAAUUAUAUCAAACAUGCCUAUCAAGAUUACCGCUGGAAAGAUUAUGGAUCUAUCAUUCAAGACAUACGGUGAUGUUAUGAAGACAGCCGUGACAUAUUUUAACAUGCUUGUAAAUAUAGCCGAUUGAUGUUUCUUCUCUAUAUCUCUUUCUUUUCGUCGAAAUAUCAACUAUCAACGCGUCAUAAUAGUAAUAUCGUAUCAUAUAGUAUGUAUGCUCGUGAUAUACAUGUGUCAAAUGCAGAAGUAUGAUGUACAUAUAUCUAUAUAUUAGAUAUACGUUUUCUAUAAAUAUAAAUAUACGUAAGGACUUUUUAUUUUUCAAUACGGCAAAAAUACAAUACUUACAUCAAAUUUUUAUAGAAAACAGUUCGGUAAUUAAAUUAUAUAAUUACUAAUUUAUCUUUUUAUGUAAAUUAUAUCUUCAGUUAGUGAUGAGAUAAAUAAGAAAGUAACUCAAUGACUUCUGUGUGUGAUUGUAA